UUAAAAAAUAUACAAUUUGUGAAAAACACUAUAAUCAAAUCAUUGCAAAAGAUAAUUGUCUAAAUUACUUAAAAGGUGAAUCAUCAUCUUAUUCAAGAAAGCAAAGUUGCAAUUUUAAUACUUUGAAUAAUUCACAAAUAGAACCUUUAACAGCUGUUGAUAUUGGAAUUCAAGUUGAAAUAAAUAGUAAUAAUGAUCUUUUAAUGCAAAUUGAAGCUUUAAAAAAUUCUCUUAACACUCUUGUAGCUGAGCAUUCUAAACAAGUACAAAUUAUUGAAAUUAAAAAUAAUAAAAUUUUUGAAUUAGAAACUGAAUGCAAAUAUUUAAAAAAUCAAAUUACUGAUCUAAAUAUAAGAGUAAAAAAUUUAGAUUUAUAUAGAAAUCAAAUAGAAGUAUUAGUAGAUGAAAAGAAUAAAUUAGAAAUAACAGAACAGGAGGCUAAAACACUAAAAAAUGAAAAUACAAUGAAAAAAGAAGAACUUAUUUCAGUUAAUAAUUCAAUACUUGUAUCAUUUCCUGAAUCACAACGCCUAAAAUAUACUAACUUAAAAAAUAAAACAAAAGUAAUGCUUCUAAUGAUCUUGCAAGAAAUACGAGGUUUAAAUAAUACUGAAGAAGCUAUGGAUGAAGAAUAUGAGGAUAAUGAAUCUGCAAAUGAAGAAAUAAAAUAA